ACCACGAUGAAUCACAACAUAUCCCGGUAGUAAAUACUGGAAAAAAUCGGUAUACACACCAUGUACUAAAAACAGAAUUCCAGGAAAAGCUAUGUGACAGUUUGGAAUUCACACUCUUUAAACACCGAUACGGAUGCCUCAAGUUGAGCACAUGGGUGAAACAGACUUAGAGACUGUGACCGUGACCCCAUUUGUUCAUCAGGUCGGAGGUCACACAUGCGUACUGCAGGUCACCCCAAAUAUCGUCUGCAAACCUUACCAAGAAAACGAGGUUCUGUUUUAUAGGAAGUUACCGAAGGGAUUGCAAGGCUUUGUGCCAUUUUAUAGAGGGUUGAUCAACAUCCACUGUGACUAUAGCAAUGAUAAUAUUAAGUUUUACGGAGAAGUUGCCAAGGGCUCCGUGAGACCCAUUCAUAACUCCUAUAAUGACGUCAUAACGGAGAAAAUCUGUUUGAUCAAUGAUGUCGUUUCCGAGAGUGAAUCUGAUGAAAGCCUUCGUGCCUGGAGUGAUCAAUGCAUUCGUCGCCAGAUUGACAGAUACGGCUACUGGAGCGAGGGAAAAGCACAGCAAUUCAUAAUGUUGGAGAAUCUGGUGGCACCUUACCGCUAUCCCUGUGUCAUGGAUCUCAAAAUGGGGACCAGUCACAGGUCACCGGACGCAUCUGAGGCCAAAAGGAGAAUGCUGGAAGAAAGAUGGCUGUCUUCAACUUCCGCCUCACUGGGCUUCCGGAUGUGUGGAAUUCAGGUUUACAAACACGACACCAAAAGUUAUGUGUCACAUGACAAGUAUUUUGGACGUGGAUUGGACAAAAAUGGCGUGAGAGAUGAAAUGAUCAAUUUCUUUCAUAAUGGUUUGUCAUUGAGAAAAGACGUUAUAGCGUCCAUAGUUACCAAAUUACGCAAAAUGCUAGAAGCCUUAGAUACACAAUGUGCCUUCAAGCUUUUUUCGUGUUCCCUUUUAAUUCUCUACGAAGGUGAUGUUACUCUUGCCACAGAUAAAGGUGUUCCGAAUGUUACUUCCCUAGACGUCCAGUGCAAUACUGAUAUUCGACUUAUAGAUUUCGCCAAUGCCAUAGAAACAACUUCCUGUUCUAAGCAAGAUCUCUCUACCAAGGCAGGGAUUCGCUUUGGUAUUAAAAGCCUUAUAACUUUACUAGAAGAGUUUUUGUAAAAAUAA